AUGAGCAAUACAAAUAUACUUUACAAACAACCUGACAAUAUGUCUAAAUCUACAAAUUCUUUCUUAAAGAGUGCACCAGUAGAACUUACUACAGUGGCCGGUUAUAAGGAUUUUGUCAAACGUUAUUCUCAUACUGCGUUUACCACGGUGUUGAAAGAGGAUCAAACUGAAGGGUAUGUGAUCAAGGAUGGAGAUGUUAUUGCUACAGUUUUAGGUGAUGCUCUAAAACAUUUAAUUAAAGAAUCACAUUGCUAG